GAGUGCCUCGUCUGUUCGGAUUUGGGCAAGUGGCUUAUGCGGUGGGAGCAGGUAGCUCUUCGAUGGAACAGCGUACACGUGCCCAGAUCGAGGCACGAAGAGGUGAAUUGGGAGAACUUCUUUCCCAGCUGCUGGUGGACAUGGAAUUCGCUGUCCCGACCGCAAGAGAACACAUCCGUGGUAAGUUUGACCUUGAAGCGAUCUCUGAUCACUUGGCCAAAGCUACCACGGGUGUAGAGAUGGUGGCGGCAGCAACAGAGAUUCAGAAAGUCAUUGGCCAGUGUCGUGAGAUACUGGACCAAUUCACCAUCCAGCAGUUGGAAGAGAUUGCCCAAUGGAAGGAUACAGUGCCAGAAGUAAAGGUAGAAAGUAUUGAAGAGAACAUACAACAGUUGAAAGAGACACUCGCAAAAGAAGAAAGGAAGUGGGAAGAACUGUUGCAAAGAAAAGAACAGGAAACUAGGUUGCAGCAGAGAAUGGGUAGAGUUCAACAGCACGUUUCCUUAGAUGAAAAAGAUGUUGCUCAGACGCUCGGACAAAUAUUGACGUAUUUGACUUUUCUUGAAGAAAAGUUAGACCAACAGCAAUCUAGAAUGGAUGAAUUCGUUGUUGGCCUUCAUGUCAUUACCAGCAUUGUCAAGGGGAAAGCCCAUAUGCUUGAAAAUGAUGAAGAGAAAAAAGAUAAAGAAAGAAGAGCGGACGUCAAGCCCGAGAAGUUGCUUAUUGGUGGAAUGAAAAAUGGCGACACAACGAAGAAGGAAACGGUAAAAGAAACCGAGAAGAAACCAGAAGAGAAGAAACCCGAAGAGAAGAAACCCGAAGAGAAGAAACCCGAAGAGAAGAAACCUGAUGGGAAUGACAAUGGAGAUGGGAAUGGGAACGGGAAUGGCAAUGGGAAUGGUGGUCCUUCCGGUCCCACUCCCUCUCAGGACAAUGCCAAACCUGCAGAUCCGACUAAGUCAAAGAAAAAGGAAAAGGUGAAGAUGAAAUUGUCUUUUACUUUUUCUAACAAGAAAGAAGAAAGCCUUCCUCUUUGGAUCGCUGAGAUCCAAACCUACGUUGGGACUGCCCCAGUAGAAGAAGAGUCGCAAGUUGCGUUCACCACUUCUUGUAUGGGGGGAGAGGUGAAACAAUGGGUUCUGGCGGAAGCUAAUGCCGCGGGGUUUGACGAUAUAGGUGAUUGGGCGAAGACUAUGACCUUGAAGCAGUUCCUUGCAAAAGUCAAGGACCGCUUUUUGGAGAAGACUACGGCCGAUAAGGCCUUCGACCAACUCACCACGAUAGGACAAAGGUCCUGGUCUUCAGUUGAGUCGUUGUCUCGUGAGGUUGACCGACUGUUGCAGGUUCGCGGUCUUAACCUGCAGGACUCUCGGGUCCUCUACAUUUACUUGUGUGCAUUACCCGAACCAAUCCGAGGGCACUUGGUCGCCGAGGCCAAGUCCGGUAAGUAUAGUUACCGACAGUUCCGCGACCUGGCGUUGCAGUGGGAACAAAUAACUUCGCAAGUCAAAGGUUCCUAUGCUGCUGCCGUAAAGAAUGGGGGAGGAAGCAGUCGGGGAGGCUACGGCAAGCGGGUCAUAUGGUGUCAAAAGCGCCAAGACCACACCCUCGUCGUAUUCGACGACGAUACAAUGGAAAAAUGGCCAUUGGAGAACGAGGGUGGUCGUGAAAGCAACAGUGACCACGGAAAGGGGGAGGUCACCCCUGCGACGGUCAACAAGGGAGGACCGUCAUCGAACACUUGACUGAAGGGAAGACCACGCUCCUUCCCAUACCAUCUUGGGAUUGCGGCCGGCAGA